UACGAAUUCAAUUUUCACGUGUCGUGUCCUUUGGUCAUUUGCGUUUUUGAACCUUGUUUAUCGCCUUUGUAUACAACAAUUUCUUUAUCAUUUGUGCUGUGUGGUAAAUUAUAGAUUGAAUGAUCACGUAUCGUAAUUAAUUUGCCAGUAAGCGCACCCAGUGUGAAUUUCUUCCUAUUUGAAUGCAAUGCGUGCCGAGAGUAAAUCAAAGAAAAUGAAACACAAUAAAAACAAGACAAGCAACAAAAAACAUGUAAUGAAAAAAAAGAAACCUGUAACAAAGCCGAACAUAAUUCAGAAGAAUGCCAAGAGAAAAAAGAAAAACAAGAAGAGAGGUGGUCUUGAAAUUCCUCUCUGUACGCAGAUGGGAAUUAAUGUAAUUGACAAAGAACCUCCGAAAUUUGUGGAUAAAAAAGAAAAAAUUAAGAAGCCUUUUCCAACUUUAGCUGAACGAAUGAUAAUGAAAUUGAAAGCAGCAAGAUUUAGGUAUAUUAACGAGCAGCUGUACACGCAAAGUGGCGAAGAUGCAGUGGACCACUUCUGUAAAAAUCCAGAGGAUUUCGAAGCAUAUCAUGAAGGUUUCCAGCACCAAGUGUCCAAAUGGCCGAUAAAUCCUUUAGACUCAAUUGUCAAGUCAAUCAAGAAAAUGCUUCAAAGGAAGGAACUACCACCAAAAUGUUCGAUUGCUGAUUUUGGUUGUGGAGAUGCAAAACUUGCAGAUGCCCUCACUGACCUCAAAGUACAUUCGUUUGACCUGGUAGCAGUCAACAGCAAAGUUACUGCUUGCAAUAUGUCGCAUGUUCCGUUGCCCUCGGAAAGUGUAGACGUUGCAGUGUUCUGUCUGUCUCUCAUGGGCACUGAUCUGACUAGUUACAUCAAGGAAGCCAAUCGGGUCCUCAAACCAAAGGGCAUAAUGAAAAUUGCUGAAGUCGAGAGUAGAUUUGAUAAAGUCUCAGACUUCAUAGAGAAUGUUGAAAGAUGUGGGUUCCUGUGCACUAAACGAGACAGCACCAAGAGGCUUUUUGUAUUCCUAGAUUUUGAAAAGGCAGCAAGUUUGUCAAAAAAUCAAAAACGCAAACUUCCUGAACUGACCCUAAAGCCAUGUUUGUACAAAAAAAGGUGAUGAAUGUAACAUAACAAUUCUGCUUUCACCUUCUAUGUUUAAAAAUAAAACCAUUGUUAAUUAUUUUCCAUCAA